GAGAGAUGAGAGACAUUGUAAAAUAUGCCAUAUGACAUUUGAGCUUGAUUUUGACCUGGAAGAAAAAUAUGCAAUCCAUAUAGCAAUGUGCAGGGAGAAAGAAGACAGCAGUACAUUUCCAAAUCAUAAAGUCUUGUCAUCACAGAUUCAAUCGUUGAAAGCUGCAACUUAUGCAAUUAAGUUUGUUAUGCCUGAAGACGCACUUGUUGGUGCUUGGAGGAAGUCUGCUCGUAAUCUAUGGAUUAAGAGGCUUAGACGCACCUCGACAUUAGUGGAGCUUUUGCAGGUUCUUGCUGAUUUUGUUGGUGCCAUCCAUAAGGGCUGAUUAUUUCAGUGCAAAUUUCCAGACGGUGUAAUUGAAGAAACUGUUACAUCUUUUGCAUCAAUGCCCCAUACUUCAUCUGCUUUUUCCUUGUGGUUGGUGAAGUUAGAUGCCAUUAUUGAUCCUUACCUGGACAGAGUUCAAACUCAGAAGAAACAGGGAAUUGGUAAGCAAGAUUCUGUGGAUAGGGAGUCUAUAUAUGACGUUGAAGACUCUAUUUUUCCACUUCAGCCAUCAAUUAAUUACACUGCUCCUGAGAUGGUGAGGAGCACUGCAUCUUCAUCUGGCUGAUAUUAUGAUAUUUCCAAUUUUGGAUGCCUUGCCUACCAUUUAACUGCUCGCAAGCCUCUGUUUGACUGCCACAACAAUGUGAAGAUGUACAUGAAUACCUUGACUUACUUAUCCAGUGAUGCUUUCUCAUCUAUACCAUCGGAACUGGUUCCUGACUUGCAUAGGAUGCUCUCUUUAAAUGAAUCUUUCAGGCCAACUGCAAUGGAUUUUACAGGUUCACAGUUUUUUCGAAAUGACACUAGGUUACGUGCUCUGCGCUUCUUGGACCACAUGCUUGAAAGAGAUAACAUGCAGAAGUCAGAGUUCUUAAAAGCCUUGUCAGAUAUGUGGAAAGAUUUUGAUUACCGUGUUUUGUGAUACAAGGUCCUUCCACCACUUUGUGCAGAACUUUAGAAUGUAGUGAUACAGCCAAUGAUUCUACCGAUGGUUCUAACCAUUGCGGAGUCUCAGGACAAGGAUGAUUUUGAGCAAUCAACACUUCUAGCCCUUGUCCCUGUCUUAAGCACUGCUUCUGGUGACACAAUGCUACUGCUUCUGAAGCAUGCUGAGCUAAUAAUAAACAAGACUACUCAAGAACAUUUAAUUUCACAUGUUCUUCCAAUGAUUGUUCGGGCCUAUGUUGAUAAUGAUGCACGUUUACAACAAGGGGUCCUGAAAAAGUCUGUAUCCCUCGCCAAACGACUUGAUUCCCAGCUGGUGAAACAAGUGAUUUUACCCCGUGUUCAUGGACUAGCACUCAAAACAACGGUUGCCGCGGUUAGAGUCAAUGUGUUGUUGUGCCUAGGAGAAAUGGUUAACCGACUUGAUAAACAUGUUGUCCUAGAAAUCUUGCAAACUAUUCAACGUUGUACUGCUGUUGAUCAUUCACCUCCAACCCUUGUAUGUACCCUUGGGGUUGCAAAUUCUAUUUUUAAGCAGUAUGGAGUAGAAUAUGUUGCUGAACAUGUUCUUCCAUUGCUUAUGCCACUCCUGACUGCUCAACAACUCAAUGUUCAACAGUUUGCCAAAUAUAUGCUUUUUGUCAAGAACAUCCUCCACAAGACCUUGCCCUGCGAAAGUGUUUCAUCCCAAAUCUGCAACACAAUACACACGAGUUAA